AUGGCCACUCUGAAAGUACCAGAUACGGCUCCUUCUCCAACCCAAGACAGUGAAAAACUGAAAAAAGCUUUCCAUGGACUGGGGACGGACGAGAAGGCGAUCAUUUGGAUACUGGGUCACAGGAACGCAAGCCAGCGGAAGAAGAUCAGAUACACUUAUCAAGAACUCUACAACGAGUCUCUCAUCGAUCGUCUCAAAUCCGAACUCUCCGGCGAUUUCAAGAAAGCAGUGAUACUAUGGACAAUGGAUCCUCCGGAAAGAGAUGCGAAAAUGGCUAACAAAGCUCUGCAGAGUAAGGACAAGGGCAUAGAUCAUCUUAAAGUGAUCAUCGAGAUAGCGUGCACCACGUCCCCACAUCAUCUGAUGGCUGUGAGGGAAGCUUAUUGCUCCAUGUACGAUUGCUCCCUCGAGGAAGAUAUCGCAUGCCGCGUAACACCACCUCUUAGACAGCUUCUUGUGGGCUUAGUGUCCUCCUAUAGAUAUGAUAAAGAAGUUGUGGACGAGAUUGUUGCGAAAUCGGAAGCAGCAAAGCUUCGGGAUGCCAUUGAAAGGAAGCAGCUGGAUGAUGAUGAUGUGGUGUGGAUACUCUGUACAAGGAACGUGUUUCAACUCAGAGCAACAUUUGAGUGUUACAGGCAAAUAUAUGGGAAUCCCAUCGAUCAGGACAUUAAGUGUUGUGGCACCGGCAACUUGGAAUCUGUCUUGCAAAUGGUUAUUUGGUGUAUUGAUUCGCCGGAGAAAUACUUCUCAAAGGUUUUAAGAGCUUCAGUUGUUGGGCUUGGAACAGAGGAGGAUUCACUAACCAGAGCCAUUGUUACUCGGGCUGAAGUUGACCUGAUGAAGAUCAAAGAAGAGUACUUCAACAUGCACAAAACUAGCCUCGACGAUGCAAUCGUUGGUGACACAUCAGGAGACUACAAGGAUUUCUUGACGACCCUUCUUGGAACAAGACUGUGAUGCUUUUCUUUACCUAUUCCAAACUGAUUAAUGUUAGUGAUAUUAUCGGUUGAUCCUGAUCAACUUCAGUUCUCUUUGAAAUAAAAUGGAAGGACAAUAUGGAUGCAA